ACAGGGUACAAAGAUAAGCCCUAGAAGCCUAAACCCCGUCGUCGACCAUUAUCACUGCGUUCCACCAUCUGCGCUGCCCUAGUACCGCUUUUCGCCGACCGGUUUCAACGUAGAGCCGGUGGCCGCCGUCAUGGGCUCCAAAAACUUUGAUAGUUCAAAGAAGAAGAACAAGAAGAGUAAGAAUAAGGAUGAGAGAAAUGAUCCGUCUUCGACCUCGGAGCAAACUGGCGAUCGGGACAAGAAGAAGAUUAUUACUGACGCUCGGUUCUCGUCUGUGCACUCUGAUCCUCGGUUUCAGAAUGUUCCCAAGCAUAAAUCAAAGGUUGCGAUUGACUCGCGAUUCGACCGAAUGUUCGUAGAUAAGAGGUUCUCUUCGUCUUCGGCUCCAUUGGACAAGCGUGGCAGGCCAAAGAAGCAGAACUCGGAGAAUUCGUUACGUCAUUAUUAUAAAAUUGAAGAAAAAAGUGAGAAGAAUGAAGAUGACAGCGAGGAAGAUGUGGAGGUAGAGGAGGACGAGGAUGAGAGUGACACUAUUGGUGACAAUGUUGAGGUAGAGAAAAAGAAUCAGAGUUUAGAGAAACCUGAUUCAAGCAGUGAGUUCGAGGAGUCAGAGUCGAAGGAUGAUGAUGCGGAGUCGGGAGAAUCCGACUAUACUACUGAUACGGAUGAAGGUGAUCUUGAAGAGAUUUACGACGAUGAAACACCUGAAUUGCCGGUGGAAAAUAUUCCAGAAAUUGACAAGGAAACUCACAGGCUUGCAGUUGUUAACUUGGAUUGGAGGCACGUGAAGGCUGUUGAUUUGUAUGUCGUACUAAGUUCAUUUCUACCAAAAGGUGGGCAAAUAUUGUCUGUGGCAGUCUAUCCAUCUGAGUUUGGGCUUCAACGUAUGAAUGAGGAAGAAUUGCAUGGUCCAAUCGGACUGUUUGAUGAUGAGCAAAAGAAAAAUGAUGAGGAUGAUGAUGAUGAUGAAGAGAUUGACGAUGAGAAAUUGCGAGCUUAUGAAAUGAGUAGGCUGAGAUACUAUUAUGCUGUGGUGGAAUGUGAUUCUAUUGCAACUGCUGAUUACCUUUACAAAACAUGUGAUGGAGUGGAAUUUGAAAGAUCAUCAAAUGUGCUUGAUUUGAGGUUUAUUCCAGACUCGAUGGAAUUUAAACACCCUCCAAGGGACAUUGCUACAGAGGCACCUUCAAAUUAUGAGGUUUUGAAUUUCCAUACUCCAGCCCUGCAGCAUAGUAAGAUCCAUCUUUCUUGGGAUGAGGAUGAACCCCAGAGAGUGAAGGCCUUGAAACGAAAAUUCAAUGAAGAUCAGCUGGCUGAUUUGGAGCUCAAGGAAUUCCUGGCAUCUGAUGAAAGCGACGAUGAAAGCGAUGAUGGAGUGGAAGAUCAAACAGACAAAAAGAGUAAGAAAGGAGAUAAGUACCGUGCCUUGCUUCAAUCUGAUGAAGAUGAUGAGGAGGAUGGUGGCCAGGAUAUGGAGGUGACUUUCAAUACUGGCCUAGAGGAUAUAAGCAAGCGCAUCCUGGAAAAGAAAGAUAAGAAAUCAGAGACAGUGUGGGAGGCUUAUCUUCGGAAAAGACGCGAGAAAAAGGUGGCAGCAAAAAAUAAAUCCACACACUCAUCAGAUGAUGAAAGCAGUGACACUGAUAGAGAGGUCGUUGAAGAAGCGGAUGACUUUUUCGUCGAAGAGCCUCCAGUUAAAAAAGGCAAGAACGAUCAAACUAAAAGUAUUAGGAACAGGAAACAUGCCGGUAAGGAUGAGGAAGCGGAAGCAAGCAGAGCAGAGCUCGAGCUGUUACUUGCUGAUGAUCAGGGUGUUGAGACUGGUGUCAAAGGAUACAAUUUGAAACAUAAGAAGAAGAAGGGGAAGAAAGAUCUUGCUGAAGACAAAAUACCCAUGGUUGAUUACGAUGAUCCGCGGUUUUCAGCUCUCUUCAAUUCGGCCCUCUUCUCUUUAGAUCCCACAGACCCUCAAUUCAAAAGGAGUGCUGCUUAUGUUCGUCAAUUAGCAUUGAAGCAGCAAAAGGGUGACGAAGAUCAGUUAAUGAAAGGCCAACACAGGAAGUCUCCUAUGAAACAGCCAGAGGCGUCCAGGGAAGAUGAGGCAAACAACGGCGAGGGAGCUUCCUCGAAGAAGGAGAAGUAUGAGCUUUCGUCGCUAGUUAAAUCAAUUAAAAUGAAAUCAAAGCAGCUUCAGUUGCAAUCUGGUGGUGGUAAGAUGCCAAAGAAAGAUGGAAAAGAGCGGUUACGAGUAACCGAGGAACCACAACUGCCAACGAUGAACAAAUCGAUCAAGAAGAAGAAGCAUAGAAAAAUGAAAGACAUGGCGGAUUGAAGCCCCUUAACCUCAUGUUCUGCAUUCAGGUUUGUUAGGAUGAAGAAAGCUUGGGGGUGUGGGAUAUUAUACACAACAAUUGUGUCAUUUGUUUGUUUAACAAUUUUGACUUGUAAUUUGUUUUUCAUUUUUUAGUAUAGUUCCAUGGCCGUCUGCAGCAUGUAGGCAAUAAUGUUGACA